UAGCAUCUCGUCAAGAGAGAGAUUCUAGACAGUAUUGUGUUCCUUGAUUUAGAUCACGUGAGUGCUAAUUUUGCCAAAUGGAAAGGCGAGUAUAUCCAUUGCACUGCUGGUCGACCGCCAUUACAUUGCAAUGUGUGCUGGGCUGGCAGAUAGUGCGCGAAAUUGCUACAGAGGCUGUGCACGGCAGCAAGACCAAGUGUCCAUAUAGACAGAGAGGGAGCAACACUCACACACACUUAGCAUCUAACAGUAUAGGAGAGAUAAACAAUGCCUCGACAGGGACUCUGCUGCCUCUCCGUUCUGCCUUGUUGUGGAAUCAUGCCUGUGUUCGCGGUAUUAGUUCGCUGAGAACACAAUGGACCUUAUCAAAAGUGGAUGUGUCUUUAUUUCCUUUGUGAUUUUUUUUUGAGGAGGUAAUAUUGAGCCAAUUCGAUCCAGGAUUUAUUUAAUAGGCUGAUCGGCGCCAGACAAGAAAUGUCCCAGUGGUCGAGCUGUUGAGCAUUUCGUCCUUUUCAAGGAUCCGGCCAAUAUUUGAAGACAGAGCCGUCUUUUGCUUCAUAUUUGCAGUCCGUGGACAUUUUGUGAUGAUAAAAAGGAGAAAGGAAGGAAGGAUUUUUUCAACCUCGGUCCACAGAAACCUGCCGCCGUUUUCCUGGUGGUGGAGUAAGAAUACUUUUCCUCGUUUUGAAGAAACGAGACAAUCGUUAGACACAUACGAUCUGGUAUGCGCGGAACCCCGUCGACUCGGUUUGUCUGAGAAAGAGCCAGAGGUUCAUUGUGUCAUUUGGUCUGCGGAUGGAUCAUUUUGAAACAAGCAACAAGGAUUACCCGUUCCGUGUGUGUGUUGUUUGAGCAGACUGUUCAGACUACAUGGUGAGGGACGCUAAGAAAGAAGCUAUUAAUAGCUCAUGCAAUCCUCCAAAACUAUCACAAGUGGUGCAUCAGCUGCGGAGGAGACAGAAUCUAAUGUCUGUACAAUCCAUCAACACCAAAGUUUCCCCCUUGUUUAUUCCUUUAUGGUAGUCGAAGGAAGUCGUAAGCUACCGUACAAUAUUUUAUGAAGUUACACGACUAUUUUCAGAUUUGAUGUGUUGAUUGGUUGUGGAAUAAAAAGGACGUGGUUGAUUUCCAAUGGAUAGCCCUUAUUUCUCCUUUAAAGUAUCCACUGAGAGACUGAAAUGGAAACGGAUUGACAUUGGUCUCUGCAUGGACUGAAAUGGAUACAUGGAUGUGUUCUCUGACAAAGAUCAGAUCUGGAAUGACCUGGAUACUAACCAUGUUGUGAUCUGCAAACAAUUUUGGAUUUACAACAUAGGCUACAUACCGAACAAGAGAUAGGCUAUCAGAUCAAUACUUUGUGAAUAAUAGGUUACACCGUUUCACGAUUAAAAUAAUGGCGUUUCUCCCAAUUUUUUGUUACAAACAUAUUACAAGGUUAUAGCGUGAAGCCUAUUCGCGUAUCUCCUUGUUUUGGUUGUUGUGUGGCAGACUGUAUCAACCGAUCCGGUUGGCCGCCCCUGCUCGGUGUCGAUACCGAUGUAGGAUUCAGACAUGCCCAACAUCGACAACCCUAACGGCGGAAGAUUAUGACUACGGCGGCGAACUGGGUGGCUAACGGGGCAAGCCUUGAAGACUGCCACUCCAACAUCUUCUCUCUGGCGGAGUUGACAGGCAUCAAGUGGCGAUGCUACAGCUUCCGUGGCGGCGGCGAGUACGGGCCAGUUAUCUCGGCGCCAGCCCAUGACGACCCGGUGCUGCGGAGCUUCAUGCGUUGCGUCCGCGCCAACCUGCUGUGCGUGUGGCGCCGCAAGGUCAAGCCAGACGCAAAGGAACUGUGGAUCUUCUGGUGGGGGGAGCAGCCGGACCUGGCCCACGUCAUCCACCACGAGCUGGAAGUGUCUGAGGAGGGACUCUGGGAGUGCGGACUGUCCUACGAGUGCCGAACUCUGCUCUUCAAAGCUAUUCAUAACCUGCUAGAGAGGUGCUUAAUGGAAAAAGAUUUUGUAAGGAUUGGGAAGUGGUUCUUUAAGCCACAUCACCUGGGCGAAAUGCCUGGGGGAAAUAGCGAGCACCUGUCCUGCUCCUUCUCCUUCUUCCUCCACGGGGAGAGCAACGUGUGCACCAGCGUGGAGAUCUCCCAGCACCAGCCUGCCUACCACGUCACAGAGGACCACAUCCAACUGGCGCAGACCUCCUCCUCCGCCGUCCAAGUGAUCCUGAGUCCAUACGGGCUGAGUGGCACGUUGACGGGCCAGACCUACAAGAUGAGCGACCCGGCGGUGAGGAAACUGAUGGAGGAGUGGAGCUACUUCUACCCCAUGGUGCUGCGGAGGGUGGAGGAGGAGAGAGGAAGUGGAGGAGGAGACCUGGAGAAGGACAGGGAGCCAGGAGAGCGGGCCUAUGACCCCACAUGUCACGUGGCGGUCGAGGUCAUCGUAGGUGGCGUGAGGAUGACCUAUCCAGCUGCCUUCGUGCUAAUUGCCCAGAGUGACCUGCUGGUGCGUAGCCCCCCUCAAGUACCAGGGGCGCCCGCCCUGCACCGGGAGCCCAGCCACUGCAGCGCGCCCCUCACGCCCCCCACCUCCCCCGAACAGCCCUGCUCAGCGGACAGCGGCUUUGUGACCACGGUCUCUAGUGUUACCCCUCAAGAAACUACCAUUGGGAUCACCAACCUGAGCCCAAAGCAUUCUGGGAAAAGCUUAACUGACCAUGUGGUUCAUCAAGCGUGGAGGGAGUGUUAUCUCAACCAGCAUCAGCAGAAGUGGACUGAGAGCAGUGAACUGAUGCCAAUGGAAGAGGUGUUGAAUGGGGUGACCACAUGGGACUUCAACGACCUAGGAGCCAGGGCACCCUGCUCCUGUUACAGGUCCAAGCAGCAGGCCAAAGCCAACGCCGCCAACCAGUCCACUGCUAGCCUGUCGGCCGGGGCCAACUCUGUCCUCUCCUCCUGCUCCUCCUCCUCCUCCGGCUCUUCCUCCUCCUACCUCCUUUCCUCGGCCAAGCACGCCAAAGGCUCCGACAAGAGUGAGAAAGGGGAGAAGCCGUCCAAACGGCCCGUUGCUGCGCCCCCCUUCCACCACCGUGUGUGUGUUGCCGCAGAUGCCAACUUCGAUCCAGAGUCGUCCUCCGCUCCACCAAUGGGGGGUCUGGCCUCCCUGGAGCAGCAGACCUGUCUGGAACCCCCCUCCGGGCCCGGCUGCAGGUUCACCAAGACCCUUUCGGACGUCGGGAGGGCCAAUCCCAGGUCCCUGCUGCACUCCCCCAGUUCUCCGCUGCCCCCCACGCUCAGUCCACAUCCCCGGGAGCAGGACCCCCGGGAGCAGGACCCCCGGGAGCAGGACCCCCGGGAGCAGGACCCCCGGAAGCAGGACCCACGGGAGCAGGACCCCCGGGAGCAGGACCCCCGGGACCCCCUGCUGGACCUCCCCAUGGACCUGCCCCCCUGCCCGCAUGGAGGAGUGGGGGGAGGAGGCUCCGGGCUGGGGGGGAUGAUGCCCAGUGAGACGGCCCUGUACGCAGCCCUGCUGGAGCCCAAGGACACUAGGGUGGGCUGGUGGAGAGGAUACCGCAUGCCCUCCAGCAACAAGGUCGACCCAAAGCCCCCCGAUCUCCCCGUAGAUCGCCUGGGGGAGAUGAAGAUGGAGACGGCCUCGGACGGGCUGGCGCUGAAACGGUUGUAUGUGCAGACCCAGAAGAUCUUCAAGAUCUCGGAGGAGCGGGUGAAGGAGCACGUCCAGACCUUCAGCCUGGUCCGGCCGGGGCCUGGGUCGGAGGGCCCCCGGGAGCCUGGGGAGGAUCCAUACGACUUCAAGGAGGACCUGGAGUACACCUUCUCCUCCUCCAAGAGACUCAGGGGCCAGGGAAGGGAACCAAGCAGGAGGGACAAGGGUGAGGACAUCACAACCAACAGCGCCCACCUGGACGUGAACGACGCCAUGUCAAUUUUCAGCUCUGCCCCCAAAUCAGUUGAAACGGGCCAAGAUGAAGGAUCCGCCAAAACAAACCCUUCCCUGACCAGAGAGGGAGACCUGGCCGUCAACAUCUCUGAUCUGGAUAACAUCUUCGAUGAGGAUGACGAGGAACUAGGGGGCAAUUUUCCAAACCAGCACACGACCAUAAUCCCUCAAUCAGCAGAGGAUCGCCCUUCAGGGAAGGAGGGGAGAGUGGCCGUACCGUACCCCUCAACAGUAGCAGAUCUCCAGCGUAUGUUCCCCACCCCUCCGUCUUUAGAGCAGCACCCAGCGUUCUCGCCCAUCAUGACGUACCGCGACAAUGCCUCUCUGGAGACCACGGCCCCUGUGGUGGUGGUGGGCGGAGACCAGGGCUCCACCCACCACCACCACUACCACCAUCAUCACCACCAACCCCACCCUGAGUACCACAUGGAGCUGGACGAGGACAACAUCAGCCCUCGACAUGACGACUUCAAGCCUCCCCCGGGCUGCUCCAUGUUCUCCCCGCUCACUGACCUCCCCAGCCAGUGCCUCCCCCCGCUGCAAAUCCCCGAGCUGUGUUCCUACCGGCCGUCCUGGGCCCUCAUGCCCCGGAUGGAGCUCUACUCCUCCCCCCUGUUGCAGCACACGCCCUUCAUGAGAGACGGAUAUACCAACGUGCCCAGCGUCAGCACCCUCACCGAGCAGGACUACGUCCAGAUGAGCACCAACACCGCCUCCGUCGGCACCCCCGCCACGCCUCGCUUCUCCGUGCCCACUCCCCGCACACCCAGAACCCCCCGGGGCCUCAAUGCCGCCAGCUCCGGCCAGGGCUCGGUGAGGCAAGACGGCACGGAGCUCAGUUCGCCGGCCUCCACCCCGUCCACCGGCCUGCCCCCUGGGGCUUCCGUGGACCCCCACGCGCGGCCGGGGCCCUCGCUGCCCGAGGCACACAGCCUCUACGCCGUGCUGCUGCUGUCCGACUCUGUGCUCAACCUCUUCAAGGACCGCAACUUUGACAGCUGCUGCAUCUGCGCGUGCAACAUGAACGUGAAGGGCGCCGACGUGGGCGUGUACAUCCCCGACUCCACGCGCGAGGACCAGUACCGCUGCAUGUGCGGCUUCAGCGCCGUGGUCAACCGCCGCCUGGCACACGGCACGGGCCUCUUCCUGGAAGACGAGAUGGAUAUCUUCGGUCAGGGGUCUGAGGUGGGCCGCGCGGCCGAGCGCCGACUGGCCCUGUGCCGGCGGGACCCCCCCAUGGGCGACCCCUGCGCCAAGAGACCGCAGGACUCGCCGCCGGCACCGCCGUCGGUCAUGCUGCUGAUCCAGGAGCAGUGCUCGCAGCCCGUGGCUUCGCUGGCCUCGCUGGACCUGCCGCCCGGCUGCUCCUGUCACGGGCGCCACGGCGCGCUGCUGCAGAGCUGUUUGGCGGACAAGCAAUGGGCGGACGGGAGCGACGCGUGCGUGGAGUGCUACAACGCGCUGGAGCAGGGCCUGCAGUAUGUAGACAACCCUGCUGGGGGCGCUGUGGACGCGGCCGUGGUUCGGAGAACGGCUCUGCACCCCUGGUCGCAUGCCAACGUAGUGGACAUGAGCCUGCUGUCGUCCCAGGAGGUGGUCCGCGUGCUGCUGUCCCUGCAGCCCUUCCUGCAGGACGCCAUCCAGAAGAAGAAGAGCGGUCGGACCUGGGAGAACAUCCAGCACGUCCAGGGCCCGCUCACCUGGCAGCAGUUCCACAAGAUGGCCGGGCGGGGCUCGUACGGUUCAGAGGAGUCUCCCGAGCCGCUGCCUAUCCCCCCGCUGCUGCUGGGAUACGACCGCCAGCGGGACAUCCUGGCACUGUCGCCGCUGGCCCUGCCCCUCUGGGACAAGCUGCUGCUGGAGCCCUACGGGGGUCCGAGCGACGUGGCCUACCUGGUGCUCUGCCCCGACAGCCCCCUCAUGCUGGCCGGGGCGCGCGCCUUCUUCACCGAGCUCAGUGCCGUCUACGAGACCUGCCGGCUGGGGAAGCACCGGCCCCUGUCCCGGGUGUCCCGGACCGGCAUCGUGCAUGUGGGGGAGGAGGGGGAGAGGGCCGGCCCAGAGGACCAUCCGCCCGACCAGUGGUUCACGGGACCCUGGGCCGGCCAGCACCACAACGACAACCUCAGCAAACUCAAUCUCUACGCUUCUGUCUGCAGGCAGCAUCUAGCUCCUCAGUUGUCAGCCUUACCUUUGGACAGCAGCCUCUUGUUGCCCCCCAACCAACCUCACCCCACCACCACCUCCACCCCCACCCCCCAGCCCCCAGCGUCCACCGGCCAGCAUCCCCCAGGGGCCCCAGACGGAGAGCAGGCCCCUGGGGCGCUCAGCUCAGGAACCACCCCGGCCCCAUCGGGGAGCCAGACGGGGGAGACGAUGCAGGGAAGGCCCCCACCUUCUACUUCUUCCUCUUCCUCCUCAGCACCAGCCAACACACCAGCAGAACCCCCAGAACUGACCCCUGAGCAAGCGAGGAUAGGCAUCCCUACGCUGGGCGAGUCGGUGGACAGUCUCACCCACCCGCCCGCCAUCGUCAUCUACAUGGUUGACCCCUUCCUGUGCUCCAGCGGAGCGGGGGAUGGAGGGGGCGGCUGCCCGGAGGACGAGGGGGCGGAGGUGGAGCCAGGCAGCAUCUGGCUGCUGGGGCUACUGCGCUGCUACACAGAGAUGCUUAAGCUGCUGCCUGAGACCAUCCGCCCCGCGCUGGUACUACAGGUGGUGCCGUGUCAGAGCCUGCUGCAGCCCACCGGCGGGGAGGGACGCCUCUACCUGCAGCAGCUCCGCUCCCUGGCCUUCUCCUGCUAUGCCCAGUGCCGGCGCCCGCUGCCCAAGCACACACACGUCAGGUCGCUGACCGGCUUCGGACCCGUGGCCACCAUCAACUCGGUGCUCAAGGGUUCAGAGCCCCCGAGGCCUGUGCUGCUGUAUUCCCCCCUCUUCAUCCUGGGCGCCCCGCGGCCCAAGCAACCGGAGCCGGGGGAGGUUUGGGCAGAGGUCCCUCCCAGGUACAACGUGCUGUUCGUGGGGUACUGCCUGUCCCACGACCAGCGCUGCAUCCUGGUGUCCUGCACCGACCAGCAGGGGGAGCUGCUUGAGACCUGCGUUAUCAACAUCGACGUCCCAAACAGAGCUCGGCGGCCCAAGGUGUCCCCCAGGAAGGCGGGGCUGCGGAAGCUGUGGGAGUGGUGUGUGGGCCUCAUCCAGAUGAGCUCAAUGCCAUGGAGGCUGGUGAUUGGUCGGCUGGGCAGGCUGGGCCAUGGGGAACUCAAAGACUGGAGCUUUCUGCUGGGGGAGCACUCCCUCCACUCUAUCAGCCGUCAGCUGAGGGAGGCGUGCCGCAUGUGUGGCAUCUCUGCGGCCGACUCCCCGUCCAUUCUGAGCGCCUGCCUAGUGGCCAUUGAGCCCCAGGGCUCCCUGGUGGUGAUGCCAGAUGCGGUGACCAUGGGCUCAGUGUUUGGCCGCAGCACCGCUCUGAAUCUCCAGACGUCUCAGCUCAACACGCCCCAGGACGCGUCCUGCACCCACAUCCUGGUGUUCCCCACCUCUGCCACUACCCAGCUGGGCCCCAGCUCCUACCCCACCGAGGACAACACCGACGACAUGUUCGACCUGCCCUUCCCUGACACGGAUGAGUUGGAGAACGACAUCGGCCAUGAUAUGAUGCUCAUCACAGGGAACCUCCACCCCUCCCCCAACUCCUCUCCUGUGCCCUCCCCCGGCUCCCCAAGUGGAAUGGGGAUCGGCUCGCACUUUCAGCAAGCCCGGACCCAAGGGGACCGCCUGCUGUCCCGGGACCACCCCGCUGAGGAGCUGAAGCAGCAGCCCCUGGCCCUGGGCUACUACGUCUCUACGGCUCAGGCUGCCGGGCUGCCCCACUGGUUCUGGGCCUCCUACCCCCAGGCCCAGAACCAGUGUCCGCUGUUCCUGAAGGCCUCUCUCCAUCACCAUAUCUCCAUGGCCCAAUCAGAAGAGCCAGUGUCGGAAAAGGCCAAGAAGAUUUCCCACCCUCUGGAUUCUAAAACCACUUCUGAUGUUCUCAGGUUUGUUUUGGAGCAGUACAACGCCCUCUCCUGGCUGACCUGUUCCCCUGCAACGCAGGAUCGCCAGUCCUGUCUGCCGGUCCACCUGGCGGUGCUAACUCAGAUGUAUAACGCCAUUCUAAAGAUGCUUUAGCGCUGCAUGAAAUUGCAAGGACAACAAUCUAUUAGGGAUGGGGAGUCGUUCUGUUUUUUCUUAUUAUUUCGUAUGGGCACCAGGGGGCGCCAGAGCUCUUCUGAUGAUAAUUGUCUCACAGCCAAAGACAAGGACUAGACAAGAGGAGAGCGGGGGUCGCGCCACGACAAGCCUAUGAUGUCGACCUCCUAUAUUUGUACUCGACAUCUGGAAACGUAUUCUGAACGUAAAGAAAAUACUAUGUCUCAACAUUGUGCCAAUCCUUACUCUUUCCAUGGGAAGAAAAUAGCAGACCGGUUGGGUUUGCUUUCUACAGACAACAAAACGGGGCUUUGGCCGUGACGUGUUUCAAUAUGGGCGGACGACCGAAAGCCUUCAGGGCAUUUUGAAAUGCUUUGAAUUUAACACUUUUUAUUUGAUCUGUGAAGGGAGACCUGUGUAGGGUACUUGUGUCCAAUCUACACAACCAGCAAAAUGACCUGACCACAGUAACAUGUUGAUUUUUUACAUUAAUUAAUUUGUUUGUAUUAUAUUUUUUGUAUUGAACUAGUUUUAAAUCCCUUGGGACUUGCAAUUUGUUGGUUUUUCAUUUUGUUUCUGUGUUUGUUUGCCUUUGAAGAGGCAUCUCUCAUAAUUUGCUCCGAAGGGAGAGCAUUUGGUAUUUGCACUUUUUUUCUCACCUUCCUGAAAUGAAAUUACAAUUUUGUGGUUGUAGAUAUGAACAAAAUUGGUAAUAUUUGACCAAUUGUUGACACAAGUGUUAUUUAUAAUGUAAACCUUUCAUUUGCAAAGAAUUAAGACUUAUUUUUAAUAUUUAAAACAAGAAAAUGUUAAACAAAGUGUUUUCACGCAAAUACAAAUUGUCGGGCGAUCAAAAAAAGUAAUUUUAAAGAAUUGUAAAGAUGCCAUAUUUAUACAAAUUAUAUUGUGUCAUUAAAAUAAGAUGUAUGUUUAUAUAUAAAUAUAUAUUACCUUUUUCCAAGCCAACAAAACUAAAGAUAAUAAUUCUGAUCGGAACAGACACAAGUCGACACAACAUUUUAUCACGUUUUUACUUUCGUUUUCUACCAAAAUGUAACAUUUUGCCUUUUUUUAUUUAAAAUAUUUAAAUUAAUCAUCUUACUGUGGCAGGAAAGAUGCAUUAUUUUAAGUUUUUUGCUAAAUUAAAUUGAAAUCCGCAAUAG